AUUGACGCACCAGAAUUGAUGCUUCCAUUCAUUUGUGAAUCAAAGUAGUUGAUGAUGAAGAAGAUCCCAAAACAAGCUGUUUCUUUCAUCGUCUCCAAUCCCUUCAAAGGUAUUGCUCCUGCUUCGCUUCUUUUUCCCGUAACCAGUUUUUCGUUUUCUGAAUUAUCUUCUCGAAUUCAUCCUUCCCAAACCAUUCUACCUCAGUUUUAUUCAAAUUCCGCUUUGAAUCAUGGACCACAGUUUGAUCGUCCUCGUUCUAUGUUUGAAAAAAUUACUAAGCUUGAUGAUGCCCUCAAACUGUUCGAUGAAAUGACACAAAGACAACCUUUGCCAUCUGUUGUUAAAUUCACCCAAUUGUUGCAAACGGUCACCAGAAUGAAACACUAUUCUUGUUCCAUUGAUCUUUUUAAACAAAUGGUUGCCAUUAGUGUUCCUGUUGAUGAGUACACUCUUGCCAUCGUGAUCAAGUGUUAUUGCCAAUUGUUCCACACCAGUGAGGGUUUUGCAGUAGUAGCCUAUGGCUUGAAACGUGGUGUCUUGCCCGAUGUGUGGACUUUUACUAUUCUCUUAAAUGGACUCAUCCUAGAAGAUAGGAAUCUCGAGGCAGAAAGAUUAUUCAAGAAGCUUAUCAAAGAGAAACUUUGUGAACCUAAUGAAAUUCUAUACAACACAAUGAUCAAAGGACUUUGCAAGUUUGGCAAUAGCAAUACAGCCAUUGCUUUGCUUAAGAUGAUGAAUGAAAGGGGUUGUAAGCCUAAUGUUUUCACAUAUAACACCAUCAUCGAGAGUCUUUGCAAGGACCAAAUGAUAGAUGAUGCUUUAAAACUCUUCAACAAAAUGAUCGUCCACAAAGGCAUCUUACCUGAUGUUGUCACUUACAACCCUUUGAUUGGUGGCCUCCGUAACUUAGGUCAUUGGGAUGAUGCCUCUAAAAUGCUUAAAGAAAUGGAGGUGGACAAAAGGAUAUCUCCGAAUGUCAUAACCUUUAAUAUAUUAAUCGACGCAUUUUGCAAGGAAGGUAAAGUUGAAGAUGCAGAGGUUCUUAUGAACGUCAUGGUCGAUAUAGGAAAGGAUCCCGAUGUGGUGACAUAUAAUUCUCUUAUUGAUGGGUAUUGUUUGCGGGGUGAAAUGAUGAAAGCAAGGGAAGUUUUUGAUUCGAUGAGCAUUAGAGGUCUGGUCCCUAAUAUUGUGACUUGUAAUAGCUUAUUGAAUGGCUAUUGCAAAGAAAUGAAGAUAGACGAGGCCUUGCAUUUGUUUCAUGAAAUAACUGAAAAAGGUAUGAAACCUGAUGUGGUCACUUACAACACCAUGUUACAAGGAUUGUUUCGAAUUGGACAUUGUAAAGCUGCACAAAAACUCUUUAAUGAGAUGCGAGCACACAACCAGAUUCUCAAAGAAUGCACUUACAGGAUAAUUUUGGAGGGUCUAUGCAAUAACCAUUUAGUCGAGGAAGCAAUCUCUAUGUUCCGUUCGAUGGGUGACAACAAGCUAAAUUCAGAUAUUGUUGUGUACACUAUCCUCAUGGAUGGUGCAUGUAAGUGUGGGAAGCUUGAUAUCGCAAGGAAUCUCUUCAAUGACCUAAGUGUUAAAGGUUUGCAACACGACAUUAAGUCAUAUACAGUGAUGAUUGGUGGUUUUUGUCGGGAAGGUCUAGUGGGGGAAGCAAAAGAUUUGUUUCUCCAAAUGAAGGAGAGAGGUUGCCCGCCAAAUAGUGCCACUUACAACGUCCUUAUCCAAGGAUUAUUACAGAACAAACAACAUGACUCGAUAGAGAUGCUUUUACAAGAAAUGGUUGGACAUGGUUUCUCAGUUGUUGCUUCAACUUUAGCCAUGUUAAUUGUUAACACCACAGCUASACCAUUUGAUGCCCAUCUCCUUAAGUUGAUUGGUAAGCCUGUGCCAAAGGAAGGAGUGGAUAUUCCUUGUUUUACAAGGUAGAUAA